AAGACCGUAAUUUGCAACUCCAUAUACGAAGUACAGCUAGGGACGCUCGGAAGUCCACCGCCGGCACCAAAGGCGGCAGCACGCCGGCAAGUAAUUCGCCGCCUUCCGAAUCCACCUUCUCCGUGAGCGGCUUAACAGGCAUCUCCUGGCUAUCUUAUAAUGGGGGCUGAGGAUCAUAAAGCUUGCAUCACACGUUUCUUCAAGAUAAUCCUUAGCUGGGAUUACUAUCUCCUUAAAUACUCCAAAGAAACUAGCUGCGACCAAAAUGACGACGGGAAAGCUACAGGCCUUAGAAAAGUGAAGCAAACUUACAAUGACGUUGACGACUAUAUUUCUACUUUUGAGCCUCUUAUAUUUGAAGAAGCUAAAGCUCAGAUUACUAGAGAUAAAAGUGAUGAUGACGAUGAAGGAGAAACAGGUUGGAUGCUUGGAAUGAUAAUGGAAACAGCUGAACUCGACGGGUUUCACUUGCCAAUGAUGUUGUGUGAGGAAUCAAUAAAACAAAAUGAUCUAUUGGUGAUUUCAAAACAAAAGUUUGAAGUGGGUAAAACACCCAAAAGUUAUGCAUUUGCAUUUGUUGAGCAUCGUCAACAAGAGAAAAUAAAACUUAGAAUGCACUUGAAUGGGGAGUACAAGGAGUUGAAUACAGACAAGGUUGUGAAAUGUUCAAGGCUUAUGAGUAUGCGACCUCUAAUCAGGAAAGAAAACCAACUGUAUGUUCUCAAGGUAUGCAGUUUAUCAACUAUUGUCCGGGAAUAUGUUGCUCUGUGGUCUAUUAGCUCUCUUCCAUUUAAGGAUUUAAUUUUAUCUGCCACUGAAAGCAAUUCAAAUAAAGGCGAUCGAGCAUGGAAAAUUUCAGAACCUCUUAAGGAAUUCAUUGAGACGAAUCACAAUAAAUCUCAGCUUGAAGCUAUUAAUGCGGGUCUUUCACGCAACACCUUUGUGUUAAUACAGUGGAAAGGGGCAGGCCAGGGAUGGGGUAAAGAGGGGUGAGAUAUGGUUGUUUGUGAUGGGUUUAUACGUCCCACACAUCUCAACAAAUGGGAUGUUUUAUUCUUAGCUUUGGAGUGUAGUUGUAGGGCUUAUUUGGUGGUUAAAAUGGAGGGUGUGUAUGCUGUUUGGGUAGGGAACAAAGGGGGUCCAUGUGUUGGGGUUUAUUAUGGGGAUGAUAUGUGUUGUUUUGGCUCUUGUGUUUCGGCCAGAAUUGAAGGGAAAAGGAUGAAAUAUUUGUGGGUCAUUUUGGUGAGUUUAAUGGGGUGUGUUUUUUUGAUGAGAAAGGGUGGGGGUAAGGGGGUACGGCCUGGGCAGUAAAGAAAGAAAACAGGUUGUUUGGGUUUAUUUUAGGGUGAGGAAAAAUCCAAUGAAAUUAUGGCUAAGGG